AUGUUGUCGAGAACUAGGUUCUCCCCGGACAUUGCUUUUCCGGUGGGAGCACCGCCAAUCAAUCAUUUCAAGAGGGACAUCGCGGCGCGGCGGCCAAAACAACCUAACCCCCGUCUCUGUUCGCGAUGCCAAGAUUGGGACAUUCCCGAGUUCGCCGCUGGCCAUGGCCCCAAGGCACAUUAUUACCUGCCCCUCAGCACAAUAUCUCAGGGUGCUAAGAACUGUCUGAUCUGCCGUGCGGUGUCCACAGCAGUUGAGAGCCGUCGGCGGGAGUGUGACUGGUUGAGGAAAAGCCCAGAGCAGAGCGUCUAUGUCGCUGUCCAGGGACCAUUUUUCCUGGAUUCAGGAUUGAUGAAAGACCAGAAGCGCAGGCUGAAUCGCUCUGUUGAAGGCGAGAUAUCGGUUAAGAUGUUUUUGGAGCUGACGCUUAGUGUCGUUCUGGAUGGGACAUGUAGUGGUGAUGUGGCGCCGUUGCCGCUGCCGCUGCCGCUGCCGCCACCUUUUGCCGUAACGCCUCAGUUCCAGAUGAAAUAUUUGGAAGGUGACACACCACGGUUACAGGCUGUUGAUGCCUGGGAGGCCGAAAGUUUUGAUGUUUCUACACUAAAAGGGUGGAUUGAUGGUUGCGAGAUGUUGCAUGGCAAGGAGUGUGUUGGGCAAUACCGAUCGAUAUCUGACCUUCCAUAUGGGUUCCGGGUUAUUGACGUACAUUCGAUGACCAUCGUCCAACCCGUCAAACCUGUACGUUUCGUUGCGCUGAGCUACAUGUGGGAAGCGAGUGAGGGUGCCGGACACGCCCAGCUCAUAAACGCAAAUGCCAGUGACCUAGAGGUCGAAGGGAGUCUUUUGGCAGUCACCCUCCCCCGAAUCAUCACCGAUACAAUCUCGUUAUGCAGGGACCUUGGCGAGACCUAUCUCUGGGUAGAUCGGCUCUGCAUUAUCCAAGAUGACGAGCGCUCCAAGCCAGACCAGAUAGAGGGCAUGGACCGGAUCUACCAGUCGGCUGCCUUUUCCAUCAUGUCGGCCUUGAACGAUCGCAAGGGAAGGGGACUGCCAGGCUACGCCGACUAUCACAGAAUGCCACGGGCCUCCUUAUGGGGACCACCGCGGAACAGGAACACUUGGCGAGGGUGGCGAGGGAUAGAUCCGAACGGUAUUGAAACUAUCGUUGACGCUUCACUAUGGAACCGGAGGGGCUGGACCUUCCAAGAGAGGCUGUUGUCGAGACGCCGACUUUUUAUCACGGAAUAUCAAGUCUUAUUUGAAUGUUGCCGCGGUCAGGCCACUGAGGAACUCACCUGGAACUAUCCUAAAAAGUCGUCCCAAACACCAGAGAGCCAAGAGAAAACAUCCAGUGAGCAAGUAUCUACGGAGCACUUGGAAGAGGACACGGACGCCAGUGCCUCCGAGCAAGAUGCCAACACAUCUCCUGAGUAUGCAAAGAAACGCCGCCAUAUUCCUAGUAUACCAGGCUUCUACCGCCGACCUCCCCAUCGCAAAAGCGCCACGAUCAGACUGGCAAACCAAGUAUCACUUGCACAUUACUGCCACUGGGUCGAGGACUAUACGUCCCGCCAAUUCUCGCACAGCGCCGACGUCCUCAACGCGUUCGCAGGGGUGGGAAACGCGGUCAAAAAAGCGAUGCGCUCCGAAAAGGUGUACGGAAUUCCAGAGGUACAUCUCCCCCAGGCUCUGAUGUGGAGUCAUAUAGGUGCUGCAUCACGUCGUCAAGGAGUGGACUGGAUCCCGAGCUGGAGCUGGGCGGCAUGGAUGGGGACGGCCAGUUAUCAAUGGAUCCAUGGCGAGGCUAAGCUUGUAGACACCAAGCUUGUCCGUAUUGUGACCUUGGUGUACUUUCAUCUCCAGGACCCCAAAGGAGUAGGCGGGCUUCGACCCAUGCGCGUGACAGAACGCUGGAUGGGCACAGGGAUGCGGUUGGUCAAAAUCCCUGGGCCUGAGAAGCUUCCUCCCAUGCAGAGGAGAAUGGAUGGCGGGAAAGUCCGUGUAUCGGAAGAGGUAAACCAGCGAUACGCGGAGAUGUGGCGUACAUGCCCUCACAGCCCGUGGGAGGCCCUCGCGCAUACUGAGCUUAAGCCGGAAGCUGUUGCCAUCGCGCGAGAUUUCCCUGGGGCGUUAGUUUUCAGCACCACUGUUGCGUCGUUGAGGAUCGGACGCGACUGGACGAAUACGGGAGUAAGAGCAUCCGGGAAAGAGUGGGCGAGAGAAGACGCGGAGAUUUUGGACCUCAUGGGAAGGCAGGUCGGUUAUCUUGACAAGAUGGAUGUAGAUUGGAUUGCAGGGCGAAAGGGCACGAGGGACCGGAGGAAGCUGCUCGAUUUUGUUGUGAUUAGCGCCGGGUUGGAAGUCACAAUCACGGACAGAAACGAGUGGGCUUUCAUCGAGGGGCAGUUUCACGAGAUGUGGAGGUUCAACGUUUUGCUAGUUGAGAGACUGUCGUUUGAGCCGUUCGUCGCAAGACGCAUCGGGGCGGGAUCUGUGAGGGUCAGCCGAUGGAAAGACUGUAGUCCUCGCUGGGAGACGGUGGUGCUGUGCUAA